AUGAGGACGGUGGUCGGCGAGACGAGGGUGGACGGCUGCGACGAGGACGGCAGCGUCGUGGACGAGGGCGACCGGCGAGCUGGCUGGCGUAUGGGAGAUCACGAGACAGUGGGAAUGAACAGACGACAUGACUUUUUUUUUACCAGCGAAGCAAUUGGGGAAGAAGCAAUCGUACGGCUAUUAUGGAACGUAUCUUUUUGUUGGCCUGUACCGAUUGAAGAGAAGCUUGUCCAACAUCGUCUGAGUUGGUUUGGGCAUAUUCAGCGCAGGCCUCCAGAAGCUCCGGUGCAUAGCGGACGGCUAAAGCGAGCUGAGAAUGUCAAGAGAGGUUGGGGUAGACCGAACUUGACAUGGGAGGAGUCCGUAAAGAGAGAUUUGAAGGAUUGGAGUAUCACGAAAGAACUGGACAGGGUUGACCUGUUGAAGGCUGGUGCUACAGCCAUCUUGCGCAAUGCUAAAAUUGACAUGUUCAAAGCUUCGAUGAGGCUUGCGGUGGACAAGUGGGGGCGGGUAGAAGCUACAGAACCUGCCAGCUUUACUGUGAAUGAAGAGAACAACUUGUCGCAAGUAGAGUACGAGCUGUCGUGGACGCGGCUGCUGGCCCGCUUCGGCGUCGCCUCGCAGCCCUUCACCAGGCAGGAGAACGUCGUCCUCCAGACCUGCAUCAUCUCCUGCUCCACCCUCUCCUUCUACGGUGGUUUCACGACCUACCUGCUCGCGAUGACCGAGACGGUGGCGAAGUCCGCCGGCGGGACGGGCACCGGCAAGGACGUGUACACGCUGCACACCGGGAACGUGGUGGCCUUCCUCGGCCUCGUCACCUUCGCCAGCCUGUUCUGCACCCUCCCACUGCGGAAGCUCAUGAUACUGGACUACAAACUGAUGUAUCCAUCUGGUUCAGCUAUCGCCGGAAUCGUCAACAGCUUCCACACGCCAGCGGGAGCCGCAACAGCAAAGAGGCAGGUGCUGGCCAUGUCCAAAGCCGUUGUUGGAAGCUUCAUGUGGGCAUCCUUCCAGUGGGUUUACACGGGAGGGAGCGGCUGCGGCUUCCAAGAUUUUCCCUUGUUCGGAUUGAAGGCAUACAAGCAGAAGUUUUACUUCGAUUUCUCCGCGAGUCUCGUCGGUGUGGGCAUGAUCUGCCCUGUCCUCAUCAACUUCUCCAUGCUUUUCGGAUCUAUCAUUACCUCCUUCUUCCUGUGGCCAACCCUCCAGAGCAAGAAAGGGGACUGGUACAACGAUCCUUCGCCGACAAAUUUCAGGGGAAUCAAUGGAUACAAGGUGCCCAUGGGCAUAUCGAUGGUGCUCGGGGAUUGCCUGUUCCAACUGGGUUCAAUCACCAUAAGGGCUGCCAACCACUUCCACAUGAAUCGCCAGCAACGGAAUCCCGGCGGUACCAACAUACCAGCCGAUGGAAAUUCAGAUAAACAAACAGCUCUUAGCUACGAUGAGCGUCGCAGGAACAAGAUCUUUCUGAAUGAAGGACUGCCGGGCUAUGUCUCGGUUGCUGGCUACAUCCUCUUCGCAGCCGUCUCAGCAAUCUUUGUUCCACGUAUCUUCCCACAGAUGCGAUAUUACCAUGUGGCCUUAUUAUACGCUGUCGCUCCCAUCUUGGCAUUCUGCAAUUCAUAUGCUUCUGGACUGUGUGACUGGUCCCUGGCAUCCGUCUAUGCGAAGCUUGCUAUAUUCCUUGUUGGGGCAUGGGUUGGUGAAGCAUCUGGUGGCGCCAUUGCCGGUCUUGCUGCCUGUGGUGUCAUGUUGAUGAUCAUUGGCAAUGCUGCUGAGCUCAUGCAUGACUUCAAGACAGGAUACCUAACACUCACCUCGCCGCUGUCAAUGUUCAUAAGCCAAGUAAUUGGGACUGCACUUGGUUGCUUGAUCAACCCGCUUGUCUUCCUGUCCUUCGAAAAACUUGUUGGCAAAGAGCAUCUGGGAGAAGCUGGAUCGGUAUUCUCGGCGCCCUUGGCCACCGCAUACCGUGGGCUCGCAGUUUUAAGUGUUGAAGGAACCAAGAUACUCCCAAAGCACUCCAUUGAGUUCUGUAUAGCUUUCUUCCUUAUGGCCUUUUGCUUGGAUUGCCUGUCAGCAGUAGCCAAAGCAAGGAAGUGGAAGGCAAGUAACUACAUUCCAAACGCCAUGGCUAUGGCAAUUCCAUUCUUAAUCGCACCGAAUAUUGCAAUAGACAUGGCCUUGGGGAGUCUACUGUUAGUUAUCUGGAAGAAAACAGAUAAGAAAAACGCAAAUAUGCUUGCAGUUGUAGUAGCAUCAGGUUUGAUAUGUGGAGAUGGACUUUGGGCAUUGCCAUCAGCAUUACUUUCAAUUUUCCAAAUCGAGCCACCCAUCUGCAUGAAGUUCUUGUCUAGUCAUCAGAACAAGAUAAUGCGGGAGCACUUCCUACCCAAAGUGACUACCUCACGAUGA